ACUGUGCGGACCUUCUCACUGAAGGGGAUGACCAGUAAGCUGUUUGGCCAGGAGACUGCAGAGCAGAGGGAGGCUAAGUUACAAGUGUUAGCACAGCAGAUAGAGGAGGGAGAGGAGACUGUCAAAGAGAAGAACACAGAGAGCGAGUGAGAAACCAACAUCAUUUUUUUCUGUCUCUCAUCCUCUCUCUAUGGCUCCUUUGAUUGUCCAGCAUGUUAUAAUUGAAUCAAUUUAUUUGCUGCUUUAAUCAGCUGCUUUGGAGGUUGACCAGCUGACCAUUUCUGUUUUUAAUUUCAAGGAUUUGAGAAGGUUAUAAAGCAAGUCUUUCUCUCCGCAGUGAGUUUGUGAAGACUGCCUGGGUAGACAUUGAACGCUUUAAAGACCAGAAGGACCGGGACCUGAAGGAGGCCCUGAUUAGCUAUGCAAUCAUGCAGAUCAGCAGGUGUAAAAAG